CUAUCUUGUGACCAGGUACGGAAAUUCAUUCACUCUUUGACCCGAAAAAAACCUAUUGAGCCAGAGGGUGAGGACUCCAACUUUUGCCGAUGCCUUACCACUUUGGACCUGGUGGGUCUGGGUGUUGGCAGCACACUUGGAGCAGGGGUUUAUGUUCUUUCCGGAGAGGUAGCAAGAGAAGUUGCGGGCCCAAGCAUUAUCAUUUCCUUCCUGAUCGCGGCAAUGGCUUCUGUCUUUGCGGGAUUGUGUUAUGCUGAGUUUGGAGCCCGUGUCCCAAAGACAGGCUCAGCCUACCUAUACACCUACGUGACUGUAGGAGAAGUGUGGGCAUUUGUAACUGGAUGGAAUCUACUGCUGUCUUAUAUCAUUGGAACAUCAAGUGUAGCAAAAGCCUGGACUGGGGCUUUUGAUGACUUGAUACAUAAUGUCAUGGCUGAAACACUUGAAAAAUAUGCAAAGAUGGACUUACCUGGCUUGGCUUCAUACCCAGACUUCUUUGCUGCUUUGCUGAUUUUGUUGCUUGCUGGUAUACUUGCAUAUGGUGUGAAGGAGUCUGCAGUUGUGAAUACCAUUUUUACUGUGAUAAAUGUCACUGUCUUGUGUUUUAUCGUUAUUUCUGGCUUCAUAAAAGGAAAUAUCAGCAACUGGCACAUCAGUGGUGAAACUAUUCGCAAUUUCACUCAACAGAGCAAGAACCAUACAGAGACCAAAAACCAAACUUUUGAAUUUGGUAAUGGAGGGUUCAUCCCUUUUGGCUUUGACGGAACUUUGGAAGGAGCAGCUACUUGUUUCUAUGCUUUUGUUGGAUUUGAUUGCAUUGCCACAACAGGUGAGGAGGUGAAGAAUCCAAAGAAAGCAAUCCCUCUUGGGAUUGUGGCAUCCCUGUUAAUCUGCUUCUUGGCUUAUUUUGGAGUUUCGGCUGCACUGACGCUUCUGAUGCCCUACCAUCUGCUUGACACCCAUAGUCCACUUCCGGUGGCCUUUGAGUACAUCGGAUGGGAGCCAGCAAAAUAUGUUGUUGCUGUUGGAUCCCUAUGCGCACUCUCAACAAGUCUCUUAGGAGUGAUGUUUCCAUUACCACGGGUUAUGUUUGCAAUGGCCAGAGAUGGCCUGCUCUUCAAACCACUCUGCUAUAUGAGCUCAAGGCAAAGUCCUGUCUUAGCCACACUCUCUGCAGGAGCUCUAGCUGCUACGAUGGUCCUCUUAUUUGAUCUGAAGGCAUUGGUCGACAUGAGUUCAAUCGGAACCAUCUUUGCAUACACUCUUGUUGCAGUCUGUAUUCUUGUAUUAAGGUACAAAGAAGAUGAUAACUUUGCCCACAGACCGGAACAGUUUACAAUAUUGGGGCUUCUGAGGCCGCCAGCACAACCCACUAAGGGAACUUCCAGAAAUGUUAACGUAAUCACGAUGAUUAUCUUGCUGCUCGUGGUUGUUUUCAGUGUGCUGCUGAGUGAGGCCUUGGAUUACUUCCAUAAUGGAGAACUAUGGAGCAUACUUCUUGCCUCUGUUCUCUUGCUAAUGCUGGUAUUUGCUGUCUUUAUCAUCUGGAGACAUCCACAGAACACAACUCAAGCUGCUUUCAAGGUUCCUUUUGUGCCUGUGAUCCCAGUUUUGAGUGUUUUCAUCAAUACCUACCUAAUGGUUCAGCUGGAAGGACAAAUAUGGAUCAGUUACUUCAUUUGGAUGGUAGUUGCUAUGGCAUUCAUCACAGUGUCCAAAAAGCAAGACUGCAUAGGACUCAAACCCAGCUCAGUACUGCUGAAA